AUGGCGAUGGGAGGGGACGGACCGUGGGUCGUUACUGUUAUGUGGUCGUUAACGGCCAUCGGAACUGUCUUUGUCGCUCUUAGGAUAUACACCAGAGUCGUUAUCGUCAAGUCAUUCGGUGUUGACGAUCAUGUUUACAACCUUGCUUUCGCCUGCCUUCUCUUCAACACAAUUUUCAUGACUGUAGGGGUACACUAUGGCCUAGGACAGAACCUCCCCGAUAUAUUGGAAAACGAUCCAGACGACCUACCCCCUGCGCUUAUCUAUGAAGCCACGAGCCAAACGUUUGCAAUACUCGGCAUGAGCAUCGCCAAGUGGUCCCUUGGCCUUUUCUUACUGCGGCUUGUCCAAGAGCAAUGGCACAAGGUCGCUAUCUGGCUGUCGAUGGGAUGUCUCAUGGCAGCUUCUGUGGCAGUCUGCUUUGUUUACUGGUUUCAGUGCACUCCACCUCAAUAUCUCUGGAACCGUCGUAUAAAAGGACGUUGUAUAAUUGAUACAGCUCCCGUGUCUAUGCUACUGUGCAUUCUUUGUGUCGUGGUCGAUCUCUUUCUAGCUGGCUUCCCCUGGUUAUUCAUCUGGGGUUUACAGAUGAAAAGAAAAGAGAAGAUCAUCAUUCUCAGCAGCCUCAGCCUCGGUAUCUUUGCUGGGGCGUUUGGAAUAAAACGAACCCUUGAAAUCCCAAAACUCAAAAGUCCAAACCAUACUAAGGACCCUAUGGGACUGAUUGCCUGGACCGCUGCCGAAAUGACCGUAACAAUGAUCUGCAUCGGCAUCCCAGUCUGCCGGCCUCUCUGGAAGCAGUGUUUCAACAAAUGGACCACUCGUGGGGACAGUAAGUCCCGCGAGCCUAACUCUGCAGGCUCAUUUCCCCUGCAAACUAUCGGUGGAAACACAUCGCGUCCUAAACCCUCCCACCAAAGAGACAGCAUAUUCGACCCGGACGAUGUGUUGGGAGAACAAGAUCGUAAAACUGGUAUUCGGGGUUCGACUACCAAGACGAGACCAUAUUCGUGGGGCUUGGAAAGGGCUCGGGGGGAUAAUCAAAGUGAGGAAGAGAUCUUGGGAGAUGAGUUCCGGAGGGGUCAGAGAGAGGAUCUUGAGGCACAGAGCAACAAUCAAGUGAUAUAUGGGGUCUCGACUUCUGAAAGGAGUUUAUGA